AUGAUAAAUGCAAAAGCUCAAUGCAAGUUACUCCAUAUCAAUAUCAUCAUAUGUGACUCUAUGCCUUGAAAGGUAUAUUAUGUGCUUAUUAUUGAAGUAGGUUACCAUGCAAAGUGCUUUAUUAUUUGCUUCUAUGGUAACUAUCAGAAUCUUCCAAGUUGACUCCGUUUCAAGAAUUAUAAUGCACAUCAAAAGUUAAAGCGCAUGGCUUAUAUUAUGCUUGAUCAAGAUUAG